GAUACAUAUAUUUAUAUAUAUAAGUAAAGUAUAAUAUUCGAUGGAGGAUCAAGAACUGGCAAAGUCGUCGAUUCAGAUUGUUACUGAUCCACAACAAGGAGAUGGUGAUUUCGGCAAGAAAUCACCGCCAUCCAUUUUCACCAGGCUCCAUGCAGGCUAUUUCAGAAUAAGUCUCUCUUUUGGGGGUCAAGUGUUGCUAUGGAAAACCCUAAGUGAACAUGUAUACGAAACACAAGCUAUUCAUUUCAUUUUACAUAUUCAUACCUUCCCUUCAAUGGCUUUUCUUCUACUCUGGUGGCUUUCCUUGUGUAUUCUCAUUCUUCUUUCUGUUCUCUACAUUUUUAAGUGCAUUUUUUAUUUCAAUCUGGUGAAAGCAGAGUUCCUGCACCAUGUUGGUGUUAACUAUCAUUUCACUCCAUGGAUUUCAUGGCUUGUUUUCCUCCAGACAGGGCCAUUUGUGAAUGAAAAUGAUGCUCCUUAUCAUAUUCUGUUGUGGGUUUUUGUUGUUCCUGUGGUGCUUCUUGAUCUUAAGAUUUAUGGACAGUGGUUUACCACGGAAAAGCGGUUUCUGUCGAUGGUGGCGAAUCCUACGAGCCAGAUAUCAGUUAUAGGGAAUUUGGUGGGUGCAUGGACUGCAGCUAGAAUGGGAUGGAAAGAGAGUGCUGUUUGCAUAUUCACACUCGGUAUGGCUCAUUAUUUGGUGGUGUUUAUCACGCUUUAUCAGCGAUUAUCGGGGGCUAAUCGUUUCCCGGCAAUGCUUCGGCCAGUCUUCUUUUUGUUUGUAGCCGCACCAAGCAUGGGGAGCUUGGCUUGGAGCUCCAUUUCUGGCAGUUUUGAUAUGCCAUGCAAAAUGCUCUUCUUUCUCGCGCUAUUUCUCUUCUCAUCAUUGAUAUGUCGGCCAGCACUUUUCAAGAAAUCAAUGAAGAAGUUCAAUAUAACAUGGUGGGCAUACUCAUUUCCCUUGACUUUCCUUGCACUUGCCUCAGCAGAAUAUGCACAACAGGUUAAAGGUGUUGUAGCAUCUGCAAUAAUGCUCAUCAUUUCAGCCAUCUCAGUUUUGGUUUUCCUUGGAAUCUUGAUCAUUACUGCUGUCAACACCGAUUCGCUUUUGUGCGAAAACGAUCCUUGUCUAGGUUUUAUGGACAACAACUAUAAAACCUAGAACAGGUGAAUCGACCAGUCGAGUAUGUGGAAUAUAUCGAAAUAUAACAGAGUGUGCAUAUUUUCACUCUACCAUCUAUAAUAUCUAACAAAGUACUUUGUUAUUACCAAUAUUUUACUUUUAGCAGUGGAAGCUGACAGUUAAAAAGAACAGACAUAUUACUGGUUAAAGCAAGGUAGUUAAACUCAACAUCAGGGGAAAAGUAAAAAAGAAUAAUUAGCCAUUAAUCCAAUAAUUAAAAGUAAUAUAAUUAUUAAUUACAAUGAACUUAUUAAUUAUUCAAAAGGGUGCUGCUUUCCAGUGUGCAAUUGCGAUCAAUAGCACUACGUAUAUAUAAUUGGAGCCUCAAUCCUGAUAUGCAAGUCCAACAACACAUUUCAGCUUCGCAAUAUUUAUAUAUAUACAGCAAAAACAUCUCUCCCAUUCUUAAGUUCUAAGCAAUUCAAAGGAAAAUUUGCAGGGAAAGUUCGCAAUUUAUGACCAUUAUAACAAGUUGGUCUCGGCUAAGAAAUUACAUCACAUAACCACUGAGACGAUGUUCAUCUUUUAAAUCUGGGUUUCAAACUUCUGGGAUGAAUACAAAACACUGAGACGAUGAACUCGAAAUACACGUCAUUAAUAAUAUUCGAAUUCUGGUUAUAUUUCUUGCUUCUAUUAGAUCAUGGUUUCCUUUCAGCAAAGAAUUAAUUAAUUGCUAUCUUUCCUAUCUCUGAUUCUGUUGAUAGAAAUUUACUAUUAAUUAUUUGCAUGAAUAAAGCUUGUACCUAGUCAUUAGAAAGUUAGUUAUUUUCUACAUAGUUUUUAGGAUAGUCCUACUUUAUCGGGUUGUUAGUAGAUUUUUUGUUAAUUUAGUUGGGCCCUAUGGCUAUAAAUAGCCCACUCUGUAAAGGUUUUCAAUGCAUUCAGUUUUCUCAUUUUUUUUAAUUGGCUUUUGUUGUUUUCUUUAGCCCAUUUAAAGAAUGUAGUAGCUUUCUUUACUUACAAUAAUUUUUUUUUUUUGAGUGUCCAUUUAUUAUCAUUGGUAUCAGAGCGAGGUUAAAAUCACAAGAAUGUAACACACACGAGGGAGUGUUUUAAAGCAACAACUUACUUCUUUCCACUUGUGUGAUAAAUUUCUUUCAUAGCUUCUGAGAAUUUUGUACAGCUUGCAAUGUUAUGCUUUGAUUGUCACUAUCACCAUUGGAGCAUGCUCAUAAAAAACUUCUUGAGGUUCAAAUAUUACUAGAUGGUUGUUGAUUCUAGAGUAGCAGAACCAACAACAGGAGUUGUGUUGAUAGAUGCUCUAAAGACAGAGCAAGAAGGGCUGAAAUUGAAAGAUCUUAAGGCAAAGAACUACAUGUUCCAAGCCAUUGAUCACUCAAUUCUGGAAACCAUUCUUAAAAAAGCUACUGGCAAGUAGAUUUGGGAUUCCAUGAAGAAAAAGAAUCAAGGGAAUGCAAGGGCCAAACGGAUGCAGCUUCAAGCACUUCGUGGUGAAUUUGAAACUCUACAAAUGAAGGAGGGAGAAUCUGUUUCAGAUUACUUCUCAAGGACAAUGGCAAUCGCUAAUAAGAUGCGGAUACAUGGUGAUACAUUGGAAGAUGUGACUAUUGUUGGAAAUAUAUUUUGCUCCAUGACAACAAAAUUCAAUUAUGUUGUUUGCUCUAUUGAGGAAUCAAAUGAUAUUGAUGAUCUUUCUCAUGAUGAGUUACAAAGUGCUUUGUUGGUUUAUUAGCAGAAGAUGCAUCGACAAGAUAAGAAGGAGCAAGCAUUACAAGCCUCAACUAAUAAUUAUUUUUCAACAUCAAAAAGAGGAGAUCAAGGAUGAGGAAAGGGCCGAGUCAACAAUUAUGGUAGAUACUCCUAUAAAUUUUUGGAAGAUAGUUAGUUUUCUAAUACUCUAAGAAGAGGGAGAGGUCAUGACAACAAUAUUUCAACAUACUCUAAAUCAAAGUCAACAAACAAAACAAGAGUUGAAUGCUACAGUGUCACAAAUAUGGCCAUUACAACCCAAAAUGUCAAACCAAUAUCAACAAUUAUGAUGGUAAGCAAUCCCAUUUUGUAGAGAAGGAAGACGAAGUGUCUUUCUUAAUGGCCUUUCAUGUGAAGGAGGAAAACUAUAAGAAUUUGUCGUACUUAGAUACAGGUUGCAGUAACCAUAAAUGUAGA